GUCAGACAAAACGAGUCAAUACACACUGAACGGCCAUGUCGCUAGAUGCUGCGCUUCAUGCACGUUUAGCGACCUCAGCUUUGUUGUCUGGCAGUACUGGAGGCGUCGCGCUGCUGCUGGCGGUGUGCUCCUCCGAUGAGGCAAGGUCAAAGCUUCACGUGAAGACCAUGGAAAACCACCUGAGGUGGGCUUUUCGAAGAUCUGACAAAAGCAGGCUGGGCUGAAGUUCAUCGUCUGCCCCCAUUUCUUACAAGAUCUGCACGACCUCUCACCCCAUCUGGAAGACCGGCGGCAUUCUCUCUCCUUCACUUCACCGUCUCAGAACGUGAGUAGUGGUUGAUUUGGGGGGGGCAGGUGCGGUCCGGGCCAGGCCUUGUGGAACGAUGGGAGAGUGGAUGAUGGUGAUGCAAGUCAUAUCCGCAAGGUGAUCGACUUACCGCAAGGUGAUAGUGGUGAUGUUUGGUUAGAAGCUUGUGAGUUUGAAUGGAAGGAGAGAUGGAUAGAUGGAUGGGUAGAUGUCAGCACCAUAUGGAACUAUCGGAAGGCUGAUGGCUGGCAUGCUCAGGACAUUGCGGGCUGGAUGUGGGUGGUGGGGCUGGGAUAGAUGGAUUUCUUUGAGUGGGGAGAUGAGGGUCUAGGCGAACAUGUUUCCCGCGCGCUACACCUCGAAGUUUCAGACUAAGUCUUUUUAUGCGCAAGUUUCUCUUCGUUGCAAAGUCUCGCGGUUGGAAUAAAUGCUAGCUUAAGAAAGAAAGACACAAAUAGAGAAAGAAAAAAAGAAAGGAAGAAAGAAAGAAACACAUAAUGAAGAAAGAAGGAAAGAAAAAAAGACAUAUGUUUUCAUGCCAUCUUGCCAUGCGUGUCGCCAUUCCAAGAUCCUUCCAUUGGGUGCUGCCCUGGCUGCCUCGGUCCUGCUGCCCUUGGGGCGGCUCUUUGGGCUGUCAGCCGUGGUCAUGCGCAGCACACGGAGGAGAGGCAUCAGCCUUCGUCAAGUGAUCCUAGAGAUCCUGUCAUUCUUAUGCACCCUGGUCUCCUGCUGCCUCUUCGCAGCAAGCCUGGGAGAGAGCGAGUCAUGGAUCAUGAGUCUGGCCCUGGCCACGGUGUCCCAGAUGAGGCAGCUCGGGAGGCAAGGGCUUUCUUGGGUCUACUUCCCCCCAACAGCGACCCAUCGGAGGGUGAAAGCGCAGCUGCCUUGGAUAGUCGCUUCUAGCUUGAUGCUCACGCUGUUCUGCAUGGUGCUGAUGAUGGCAACCUCCAGUUUCAGCUUCGGCUCCUGGCUUUGUACCGGCCUGGUAGUUUUUGCCUCUGUGGAGCUGCAAGAAAUCUUCCUGGAGGGCAUCGUUGGGCCCAGCUCGGCAGAGGGUUCGGAGCUCCUGGAGGCCCUCGUCCAGCCGCUGAGCUGCGAGGGUCCUGGACUUUCCAGGUGGCUGGCCCUGGCAGCCUUAGCCCAUGCGGUGGUUUACAGGCAUCAGGGACAGAUGCUUUCCAAAACCACAGCCUUUGGCUACCCCAUGGACAUUCAACCGCCUGCCUUUGCCGCCCAGGUGUUUGGGACGAGAAGCAAAGCCGUGUCCAUGUCAACCUCUGGUCUUCAGGCGCCGGACGGACGUAGCUUCUUCGCGGUCUACCUGCAGAGCGGCUUGGAGGUCCUGAGAGAGUUUACCAUCCGCGUGCAGUGUAUCGUGGCCGCUUCUCGGCAUAAGGGAGCAAAAGCCCUUGACCUGUCACAGUUGCAGGUGCUAGAGGCUGAUGUUUUACAGCUAGCACCAUUGAUGAGGAUCGCUGCCGCUGGACUCUGUGGCUGGAUUUGUCUCAGCCGUGACAUGGACGACCUGGGGAAGGUGCAGCGAGAAGAUGCCUUGAGCAAGGUCAUCUAUGAGCUUUGCGGCGCGCUGCAGGCUCUGAAGCGUUUGAUUUCACUCCGUGGCCUUCUGGAUUUCGCUCCACCGACGGUGCGGGGAGCGCAAAGUUCCUUCGAGGAGGCACAGCACAGUCUGUACCAGCUGCUGAUGACCUUCGAGCAUUGUGGGCUUCAACAGGUUAUAUUGCCACCGCUCUACAAGCGAAUGCUGGAGGACAUGAUGCGCGACUUCUGAGUCUGUCGUCCAUCCAGCUGACGCAGUUCACUGCCGUGCGCGCUCAAAAAAGCAACUGGAGAAGACGCGUUGCGACGCGUUGUGGAACAAGUCUUAUGAAGAGCAAAACACUGGCCAAGAACGCUUUCAAGCCAGCACCGUUUUAACUUGUGCUGCUCAUGGUGAUUCUUGCAAUUGGA